GGCUGUCUCAAUCCAGGGGUGGUGGUGGGGGAUUAAUUUUCCUAGCUCUGUGGCUCUUAACGGAGUCGGUGUCGCGUAAGAGUGACGUACGAAGAUAGGCAGCAUGGCAGCCUGCGGAAAGAGACCUGAGCACCGCGGGCCCCCUGAGCUGUUCUAUGAUGAAGCUGAAGCUCGGAAAUACACACAUAACUCUCGAAUGAUUGAGAUUCAGUCUCAGAUGUCAGAACGGGCAGUGGAAUUGCUGGGUCUCCCAGACGAUCGUCCAUGUUUUUUGCUGGAUGUUGGCUGUGGCUCUGGUUUAAGUGGUGAUUAUAUCUCUGAAGAAGGGCACUGUUGGGUUGGUAUGGACAUCAGUUCAGCAAUGCUUGAUGUAGCCAUGGAGAGAGAAGUGGAGGGAGACCUGAUGCUUGCAGAUAUGGGCCAGGGGAUUCCCUUCCGACCUGGAACAUUUGAUGGCUGUAUCAGUAUUUCUGCAGUUCAGUGGCUCUGUAAUGCUGAUAAGAAAACCCACAGCCCUCCAAAGCGACUCUAUCGAUUCUUCUCAACUCUAUAUACUGCUCUGGCUCGAGGAGCCCGUGCUGUUCUACAGUUAUACCCGGAAAACUCUCAGCAGCUGGAGCUCAUCACCACCCAAGCCAUGAAGGCAGGUUUCACGGGUGGCAUGGUGGUAGACUACCCCAAUAGUACCAAAGCCAAAAAAUUCUUUCUCUGUCUCUUUGCUGGCAUAACUGAUGUAUUACCAAAGGGUCUUGGUACAGAAUGCAGUGAAGAAGAGACCACGCAGGCCAAAUUCACCAAUGAAAGGGUCCGGUUUAAAAAUGCCAAAGGGAAGUCAGUGAAGAAGAGUAGAGACUGGGUGUUGGAGAAGAAAGAACGGCGGCGGCGACAGGGCAGGAAUGUGAGAGCAGACACAAAAUACACAGGUCGAAAGCGGAAACCUCACUUCUGACUUCCUGCUAAUUGGACUGAAGUAGUUCUUUGGAGUUUUUUUGGAGCUGGGCUGUUUUGUUGUGGGGUGGAAAAGGAGGAAGCAAAUUGAACAGAAGCUGCUGAAAACUUCCAGGCUGGCCACAGUCCCUUCUUUGCUCCUACCCCUUUAAAAAGAGCAUCUCACAGAGAAUAUGGGACCCUGACAAUUCACAAUGUUUCUUUGCUACCCGAUUCUCCUUUGGUUCCUGAUGGUUUCAGAUUAGGUUGGGUUGGUUUUACUACUCCAACUCUCAAUUAAAUGAGGUCUUGGAAACAGA